AUGCCGGACGGCACGACAUGCACCGUGAAGCCGCCCGGGAAGUGGGGUUUCUGGAUGGCCGCAGGGACGACCGAGAUGAUGUGCGAGGCGGGUGCGUGGGUCGAUGGCAAAGGCAAGCCGGUCGCCGAGAUCGAGAUGAAGGCCGCGACGUGGUUCCUCGCGUCCUCGAUCGCCGCUGCAGUCCUUGCCGUAUACGUGCUCCGCAAGAUGUACUACGAUCCAGAGCACUGGCUCUACACGUGGCGGUCGGGUGCGGCGGGGAAGGGGGGCCUCGUGGCGGCGCACGCCCGGGCUCCCGGGGCCCGCGCCGCGGCUCCCGCCACGGCGGGGGCCAUCAGCAUCCACAUCACGAACGUCGCGAGCACCGCCGCGGGCGAGAGCGGCGAGCGGCAGCCUCAGCCCCAGCCCGUCGAGGAGGGCGGCGCCGGCAAGAGCGCCACGGGCCCGAGCGGGGCCGUGGCCGCGCAAGAGGCGCAGGCGUGGUCUGGUCCGAGCCCAGGACUGCUCUACUGCCUCAUGUUCAGUGCCGUGCUCGUUCCCGACCUCGUUGCGACGUUCGUGUACUCGGCCGCGGGGGUGGGAACGGACAUAUACGAAGUCAUCGCGAGCGAUCACUGGAGCAUGCUGGGCAACUGCGCUGCGAUCGCCUCGGCUUGCUGGUGGAUGGUGAUGUUUGUCUUCGACAUGUUCGACAGCGACACCUGGCGUCGUGGGACGAUCAGGUCGGCCGUCCGCUUCCUGUGCUUCUCGAUCCUCGUGUUGCUGGCAUUCGUCGGCUUCACUCUGAAAGCCGUGAAACUCCCGUGGACGCCCCUCCUGCUGUGCAUGGCCGUGACAGUGUGCCUCCUCGCCCUGCAGCGCGUCUGGUGCAGCGGGCAGGCUGCGGGCAUCCCGCACUUCUACCUGGCGGCGGCAGCCUGCUACACCGUCUGCGCGGUCGCGGUCCUCGCGGUGUGGGUCAGGUGGGCAAUGUCUGCGGACGAGCCACGGUUCCUCUGGUGGAACGCGGACACCAAGCGAUGGUUGGCUAACAAGUAUGCUAUGGUCUUUCGAGUGUUGACUCCCGUCGAGCUGGCGACGGAAGCGUCGACGCCAGAGUUGCAGGAUUAUUGCCUCAACAAGACGUCGAUCCACAACACCAUUGCGAGCACGAUUACCCAGGACCUUGUCACCGGCGCCUGCGGGAGGGCAUUCACCGUCAUCUUCACGCAGUGGGCUGGACCUCUGAUGGUAUUCGCCUGCAAUAUGCUCGGUGUGGGCCUGUGCUUGCUCUUCUCGAACACCAUGACGGCGAUUUCAGCCAGGUCCGAAGAUGUACCGGCCCAUGACAAGAAGAAGGCGCUCCUCGCUUUCAUGAAGCGCUUCCUGCUCACCAUCGUCCUCGCCGUGGCAAUCAUGUACAUCUCAUUGUACGUGUCCAGCGCCGGUGUGAAGCUGAGCUCCGCAAUGCUGGCCUUGGCGUGUACCGCGCUUCUCGUUAUGUUCCUGUGGCUGGCCUGGGAGGUGGAUGGGAGUACGCUCAACGAGCUGAAGGAGAUGCCUCUUAUGAAGCAUGUCAUCAACGUCUUGCAGUCCAACUGGGUGAAGGCGAUCGCCGUUGGAGGUAUGAACGUCAUGAUCCCUUUGAUCCUGGCUCUCGACAGGGUGCGACAGCAGGUGCGGAAGAGCUGCACCAACUAUUACGGAACCGAGAGGUGGACUCGCUGUCCUGAAGAAGAGCGCGCCAUCGUGGAGGCCGACCAGCACACCCCAGAAGGUAGGUGGGUGCGCGGGUUCCUUGACACGUGGGACUGGACAGACAUCUUCGGCAAGGUCUGCGUGUUGGCAGAAGUGUUCGUUCUGCUUGCGGUCGGAUCGAAGGCAACCUUUAUCUUCUUCUCCUACCUGAACGGAGAAAUCGAGACAGCGGGGCUGGAGAUAGGCACCAUCUUCGUGAUGGUGUGGGCCAUCGGGCUGGCCAUGUUCAUGAACCCCGUCGUCCCCGGGAGUGCCGUCUACCUCUUCGCAGGCGUCGUGCUGGGAGCCCAGUCGCAGAAGGAGGGCUCAGUCGGCAUUUGGGCGGGCCUGGCGCUGGCGUGCGUCGCGGGGAGCUCGGCGAAGCUGAUGGCGUGCCUGGGCCAGUAUACGCUCGGCUACGUCAUGGGCAAGUCUGUGAAGGUGCAGCAUUUCGUUGGGGUGACCAAGGUUGGCGUCCUGGCGAUGGAGGCGGUCCUCAAGGAGGAGGGCUUCAAGCUGUUCAAGGUGUGCAUCCUGGUGGCGGGCCCUGACUUCCCAACGAGUGUGCUCUGUGGCAUACUCCAGCUGAACAUCCCCCAGAUGAUUCUUGGCACAUUGCCGGUAGUAUUUGUGAGCAUCAUCCCGCAGACCCUCGUUGGGGUACUUUUAACCAAAGAGGGCGCCACCGAAGGGGUGUGGAGCAUGAUCGCCACUGUAGCCACUGGGCUUGCUGCUGUUUUCCAGGCAGGCGCCACUCUCGUCUUCGCGUACGGCAUAAUGCAGCGAGUCGAGGAGUCGGGGGACGAGCUCCUGAAAGUGCAUCGGCCAGAGCACGACGAGGUACGGAAGCUCGCAGAGAAGGAUGCUGAGUACGUGAAGAAGUAUGGCGAGUCGUCUGCCUGGGGGCAGCUAGGCACGGGUGCGCGCGCGACGCUUCUGGGGACCGUUGCGCUCUUCUUGCUCUCCGGCCUCCUCAUUGCCCUCGACACCCUGGCGACCGAGAAGGCGUGCUUCCGAGACUUCUACAUCACGGACAAGAUCGAGAGCCCCUACGACGAGGGGGGCCUGAACGGGAAGGUGCUCAGCGUGGUCCUCGCGCCGAGGGGCUGGAUCGCCCUCGGCCUCGCGGCGGCCGCGGCCGUGCUCCACGUGGGCUUCGGGCGGUGGCUGGCCGCCACGGCGCGCGCCGCCCUGGAAGCGCCGGGCCCCGCCGCGGCGCCGGGCGAGGCCGCGGGGGCGGCGGGCUCGCCCGACGGCGGCGCCGCGCCGGCGGCAGCGGCCUGA